AUGUGGACGGUUCUGCUCUUCGUCUCCGCUCUGUUUGCCUGGCCGGACUCGUCGAAAGGUCAACACGUUUACCUGGCGACCCACGACGGUUGGUCCUUUUAUAAGGUUCGCACUUCCGGCCCGAUGACCAAUGCCAACGUCAAGGCCGCAUGUGAGGCGGCGGGGAUGAGCUACCCGUGCCACAGCUCAGGUAUGGCUGGGUGUACCGGCUACUGGACCUCAGACUGCAUCAGGUAUGACAUCGUUGCUAGCUGUUAUACCCUUAGCGUCCUGUCGGGAAACAUGUGUGGGAUACUUGACGCCGUUGGCAGCUGUCAGCCCCUUGAUGACACCUUUGUGUACAUCCCUGGCUGGCGAAGUGACAACAGUGCUUACGGAGUGGACUACGAGACUCACACCUGGGAGCUACAUGGGGCAAACUAUCACAACAUGUACGCGCUGUGUGCAGAUAUAAAUGAGUGCGAGACCUCCCCAUGUGUCCAUGGAAACUGUUCCGAUGAUGUGGGGGGUUACACUUGUACUUGUGAAAACGGUUGGGAAGGGGCCAACUGUGAUCAAGAUAUCGACGAGUGUGCGAGUAACCCUUGCUGGCUGGGAGGGACAUGCCUGGAUCACGUGGCCGGCUACAGCUGUGUCUGUCCUAAAGAUGCCACCGGCAAGAACUGUGAAAUUGGGCCAUUUGCUGGAGAAUGCUACGAGUUCUCAACCGUGGCUUUAACCCAUCGUGAGGCGACAGAGGCCUGCAACACCAAUGGUGGCCGCUUGGUGGACGUGAAAGACGGCAAGCAACAGCGUUUCCUCGCUGACAACAUUGCAGCCACGAGUGGUGUCUCCAACUGGUUGGCAAUGACCAGUGCCCAAACGCCCAUCUUCUACAGCGACGGGUCGCCUUGCUCAGGUAUGACUCCCUGA